AUGACUAAGAAACUCCCCUCAGAGCUGAAACAAACAAGAAAGUCUAUUCAGACAGCUUGUGAGUUCUGUCAUACCAAACAUAUACAAUGUGACGUGGGAAGACCAUGUCAAAACUGUUUGAAAAGAGGUAUUGAGAAUUUUUGUAGAGAUAAGAAGAGAAAAUCAAGAAAACGGGUAGAGAAGCAUAGGAUACAGAUGCAGCCAUCUUCGGUAAAAAGUCAGGCAGUACAUAGUGUGCCGUCGAAGACGGUAUCACCUUCCAGCGUACAUUUGGAGUUCAAGGCGCCGCCCCUUGUGGAACAACGGGAUUUAUUACCCUCAGAUGUAAGUAAACUCAGGAAUACACCUAGUCAUUCUACAAAUAUCCAGUACACGUACAACAUAAAUGAUAAUGUUCAAAGCAAUGAAUUCAUACCCCGCAUAACGAACUUUAAUACGAAUGACGGUCAGACUGCGUCAGAAGAUAUCUCCAAUAAUACAUCAGCUCCACAACCAGUACACUUAGUUAAUGACCCUCUCAUACCCACCAUACGGAAAAGCACUCUCAAUUUAAAGUCUCAUUUUUUGGAACAGCAUAAAGCCAUGCAGCAACCGCUGGCUGCCGCUUGUAUGGUUACCACCACUAACAUUCCCGUGCAUCCUGAAAUAGACUCUCGCGAUGUUAAUAAUAACGAUGAUGUCGACGAUGAAACUGAUAUUCAUUUUGAUAGUAUGUGGUGCAAUGACGAGUACAUGAAACUGAAAGAUAUAGUGGAUAUUUCAACGCCAUACCUACCAAAUAACUCUCAAAUUUUCUCACUCCAAGAAUCGACAUUCCCCAAUCGUAGUGCAUCUACGAAGGGAGAUUCCUCUCCGCAUUUAGCGAAUCUUUUGAAUAUGACAAAAACUAGGAAUAAUGAAAAAGGGUCCUCCAUGGGUGAGUCUGCUUCUGCCUUUAACGGAUAUGAUGAAAUUGUAUCUAGGCCCUAUAUCUCAUUGGAUAUGUUGCACUCUAACCGCGAUUCAAAUACCGGCUCAAACCCCUCAACUAAUGAGAAAGUGGAAGGGGAAAGUGAGAAUUCUUGUCCCUCUGAUUCAGAUGUCGAAAAGAAUGAUAGUGAUUAUAUAUCACCUUCAAAGUUUCGUGAAUUAGUAAAGACUCCCCAGGACUUAUACGACAACAAAUGUUUGAUCAAACCUCAUAAUUACAAGCUUGCGUAUACCAAACUCCUUACCUGUUUGAGAAAAAAAUUUCUUGAGGAAUCCAAAGUUGGCCAACCUGAUUUAGCAGAGGUUGGAAACGAAAAUCAAAAGCAAGACUUAAGACAUGAUUUAGAGAUUAUAAUACGAUCUAUAUUAGAGCGAUAUGCUCCAAUUUUUGUUUCAUUAACUUCCAACAUGAUUGGAGAAGAUUUGUUACUACAGGAAGUUACAUUACAGAGGGCAUUAUUAGAUUUGGAGAACAUGGCAAAAUUAGUAAGUUGUACACCAAUAUGUAUCUGGAGAAGAUCAGGUGAGAUUUGUUUUGUUAGCAAUGAAUUUUAUUCUUUAACGGGAUUUAAUAAGAAUGUAAUAUUGGAUCGGACUUCAUUUAUCUAUGAAUUUCUGGAUCACAAAAGUGUUUCAAAUUAUUUUCAAAUUUUUAACGAACUGCUGGCAUUUGGUUACAAUGAUAUCAAUAAAAGGAGAAAACUACUGAUGCUGAAUGCAUCGUCCUCAACUAUAUCCCAGAUUACUGAGGAGUUUUCUUUUACAACUGAUGGAAAAGCCAUCUUCACUAAAUGCAACCUAUUAUUAAGUAACGGCUUUUAUCUGAAGUGUGCCUGUUGCUGGACGGUAAAGAGAGAUUCUUUCAAUAUACCAAUUCUUGUGAUGGGCCAAUUCUUGCCAAUUUUUGACAUUGACUAA